AUGUGGAGUUGGUCUCAAGAACAUGCACUUGGGGAAGUUCUUCUCUCACAUGGAAUCUACAAGGAGCUCACUUGUGAGUUCUUUGGCUUCAAUGAGGUACACAUGUAUGAUGAGGAUAGAGCUGAUUUGGACCAAGGAUUGGGAUGGAUCACGUUCUUGGCUAAGGGAGAGAAGAGAAUGGUGACCUUUAGGCAGCUUGGAUACUUGUUUGGGUUCAACUAUGGAGAAGGUCCAAGGCUGCUCAGAUCAGGAGCCCAGUGCUUGAGGUAUGUGCACAAGGCACUUGCCAACACCUUCUUUGCAAGGAAGGCCACCGGACAAUCAACGAGGGGGAACUCAAGCUUUCUUGACAUGGGAAUCAAGCCCAUUCUCUCACGCACAAGCGAUGGCAAGAGGAUCAGGGGAGAUAGAUCUGACACAGGGAACUUGAUGCCUCUCCUUGAGCAUCUCCACCUACAAGAUCACAGCUUACAACACUAG